CUUCUCACGUACUCGGGCAUGCGGUCGUGAUGUUCAAAGCGGAACACCGUUUUUUAUGAAGGUGCAAAACCAAUUAUAUCGAUGCAUUUUGGACCUCGUGACAUUAUCAUUAGUGAUCGCAGGGUUCCUCCUUCGACUAGCUUGUCAACGCUGCGUGUAUAUGAACCUUAUCUCCAAAAGAUUGCUCCCGUAUUGAGGAGGCAUUUACUGUCCCACUUGACCAUCGGCACGCGAAGCAGCCGGCUGUAAACAUCAAAAAACCCUCAACAGACUCCAUCCAAUACGACAUGGCCAUCAUCUCGGCAUCAUCGUCAUUACGCUGUGCGGAUGAUGAGGUCCGACAUCGAACAAUCAAAUAUGCCCUCAUCUCUUUCUUUUCUACCACCAUGAUAACGAAGAUUCCCAAGACAGUGGUGGCGGCCUUGUUGCCGCUUUACGUCUUAAAGCGACUGUGUGCUUCAUUCUUCAAUGCCGAACGCUCGCGGGAGUGGAAGAGAGUGUGCUUUGGUGCGGCAGUUCGAUAUCUGGUUAACCAUGAGUUCAAGACUCCGUCCUCUAUCGACGCGUAUUUGGCAUGGACAAAAUCAGCUAACCUGGUCCCAGUGGUCGACGAACUCCCGGAUGGUGCUAACUUGUUGUGGAUUGGACCCAAGCGCUUGGAUAAGGUUUUGUUCUAUUGCCAUGGUGGAGCGUACAAAGUCAGCUGCAGCGAUACCCAUAUGGCUUUUUGCCGGCACCUGCAACUAGAGCUCGAAAAGCGCGACAUAUCUAUCGGGGUUGUGAUUCUGGCUUAUAAGCUACUGCCUGAGCAUCCAUUUCCUAUCCCACUUCGGGAAGCCAGAGACGCACUCGAGUUCCUUCUGGCGGCCGGUGUACGCCCCGAGAAUAUCGUUUUAUCCGGAGAUUCUGCUGGAGGCAAUCUCACGCUGUCACUGCUCUCACACAUUCUUCAUCGCCACCCCUCUGUCGAACCACCCAUUAGCCUCCCAAACAACCCGCGAUUUCGCGGACUGUGCCUCGUAUCCCCCUGGGUGUCCAUGAAGAGCGACUCGCAAUGCGAUUUAGGUGCUAUGAAAGUUAGAUAUCAAUACGAUGUUAUCUCCGCGAAGAUAGGUCGCCCCGCUUGCGAGGUGCUCGUCAAAGACGUCCCCGAGUCCGAGAUCGCGUUUUUGGAUCCCCUUGAGGGACCUGAGAAUUGGUUCGCAGGAUUGGAUAGGCUCGUAGGAAGGAUCAUGAUUACAUGCGGCGAAUUGGAGUGUAUCUUGCAAGGCAUUAAAAAGCUGCACGAGAAGUACCUCAUCCCGGUACAUGGAGACAUCGAGUUUCUUGAGCAAAAGAAUCGGCUUCAUAUCGAGCCUAUUCUGGACUUUGCUUGGAAGAAGGAUCCUGGUGAGAAGAGGAUUGUAGAGUGGUUUAUUUCCACUUUCACCGACGUGCCUUCGGACUGAGGUUGUUCCCGGCGGAAUUGUGGCGGUCCGGAGAGUGCCGGUGGCGAAAACAAAGGAGGAAAUUUUGAAACAUUUUUCUUUCACUGUUUCUCACCUCGACUCCUAAUACCAGUC